AUGGAGACAGAAUGGACAUACUGUGUCAUCUAUUCCAUCGCCCAGAUGCAUCUUGUCAGGGGAGAAGACAUCUGUGUUUUCUUGGGCUCUAGUAUCAACCUGAUACGAGAAAGGCAAAUACAGAAGAAAGGCAUCUUGGUGCAAACACAGUGGUCCAAGGUCCCUCAUAAGGCAGACCUGAUUGUCCCUUAUUAUCCCCAACAUGUUUUCUACUGUGCCAGAGGGAGUCCCUGUGACCCACUGAUGGCUUUCACAGAAACUCCUGGGCAUUUGUCAAAGUGGACUCUUCAAUUAAGGAACAUGUGCUCUUCACUGCCCAGGAAGUAGGAGGGCAGCUUUACUCUGCAUCCAGAGGACAUUUGGACAAAAGCCCACACCCUGCAUGGUCACACAGGCAGUGAUGAAUGGAGAAGCAACCACACAAUAGAAACAGAGAUAAACAAGACUCUGGAAAGUUCAUAUUCAAAUACUUCCUCAGAAAUUUCAUCCGAGCUCACCUUUGCAUGGUUGCAGGAGGAUAAUGGAACUGAGGAAACACUUAUGAGCCAAGUUCACUCCAUCAACAAUUCCAUAUUAUUCAAGGACAGAGUCCAGCUGUGUACAAACUGGCCUCUCCCUCUCUCUCCAGUCCAGAUCCACAGUGAUGACCCCAAGUUCUCUCGCCAUGUCAGGGUUGGCUCAGACAAAACCUCAAAUGGCUCCACCACGGUCAAGGUUUCCGCUAAGUCAGAAAGCUCCAUGAUUGUGGAAAAUAACUCCGUGAAUGUCUUAGAAAAGAACAUCUACCUGCUCUUUGAGGAAGUAUUUCCCACAGAAAAUCUCACAUGGUUUAUAGAUACAAGCUUUCCUCAAGGUGAAGAGAAGGUAAAAAUUUACAUUAGUAAUGAAGAGAGAAAAGGCAAAUGUGGAUUGGAAUGCAAAUCUGUUUUGACAAAGGUGUAUGAUAACAAACUAGCCCACAUAGACAACCUGACCAUCUGGUGCACAGCUCUGUAUCCAGCCCCCAGAAAUCAAGUGUGGACUAUCUCAUAGAAAAAGAUCACUUUUUCCUUGGUCUCAGCAAACCUUCCAACAGGUCCUCCACUCGAUGUACCCAAAUCUACGCUUGCCACCCAACCUUCCCCAGCCACCAUCCUAUCUCCCACAAGUAAGAAUGUUUUUAGACUAUUUUACUUUGUUAGUAAAUUGACAGUCAUCCUCCACAACUGUGUUCUCAGUAGAAUGUUUAAGAAAUUGGUUGUAAUGGGGAACCUGUGGGCCAGAGGUUAUGAAGCUACAUCAUCUUCAACAACCCUGGUAGAUCCGCGUACAUUGACUCCAAACUCCACCCCUCAAACCAGAAAUUCCAAUGUGACUACCCGAGGCCUCGGCUACUGUACCCCCAGCAGGAGAGAUACCAAAGCCAUUAAGCAGAAUACUUUCAGAACUGUCAAAGGAUCCACUAAAAAUAACCACAUCCAUAUCACUGGUAUUGUAGUUAACAAGCCCAAAGAUAGAAUAUCCUGGCCAGUGAUUAUAGCAGCUUUGCUCUUUUUCUGCAUAGUAUUGCUUGGCCUUGGAGUGAGAAAAUGGUGUCAAUACCAAAAAGAAAUCAUGGAAAGACCCCCACCUUUCAAGCCUCCUCCACCUCCCAUCAAGUACCCUUGCAUUCAAGAAUCCAUUGGAAGUGAUCUGCCUUGUCACGGAGAUGGACUCCCUCUGGUCCUUUGA